AUGGAAUCUGCUGGUCCAGUUGUUGUGGCAGCAAGUGAAAAUAGAAAAACAUUUACCAAUUCAAAAGGGCCAAUAAAGAGAGCAGCUCAUCAAAUCCCAGAUGAAAUAUUGAAUGAUCCUUUAAUACAAGAGGCAGUAAAAGUGCUGCCUGACAAUUACAACUUUGAGAUUUAUAAAACAAUAUGGAAGAUCAAAUCAACAGAGUCCAAGACUGUAGCUUUACAGUUGCCAGAGGGUUUGUUGUUGUUUGCUUGUACCAUAGCUGAUAUCUUAGAAAGGUUUACUGGAGCAGACACUAUUAUUAUGGGAGAUGUAACUUAUGGAGCUUGUUGUGUAGAUGAUUAUACUGCUAAAGCACUUGGGGCUGAUCUAAUGGUUCAUUAUGGACAUAGUUGUUUAGUACCUAUUGAUACUACUAGUGGUAUACAGAUGUUAUAUGUAUUUGUUGAUAUCAAGAUAGAUCUGGUACAUUUUAUCGAAACAGUCAAAUAUAAUUUUAAAUCUGGUAGUCGACUGGCAUUAGUUAGUACUAUACAGUUUGUAGCGGCUCUACAGUCUUCAAGUCGUGAAUUAAGUAAUGAUUAUAAAAUAAUAACACCACAAUGUAAACCUCUAUCACCUGGUGAAAUAUUGGGUUGUACAUCACCUAGAUUAUCUGAUGUUGAUGCUCUAAUUUAUUUGGGAGAUGGAAGAUUUCAUUUAGAAUCUAUCAUGAUAUCUAAUCCUACUGUUCCAGCUUACAGAUAUGAUCCAUACAGUAAGAAAUUUACCCAAGAAUAUUAUGAACAUGAUAAAAUGAAAGAAAUAAGACAUCAAGCUGUGGAGAAAGCUAGUCAGGCUAAAAAGAUUGGUAUCAUAUUGGGUACAUUAGGGAGACAAGGCUCACCCAAAAUAUUACAGCAUUUACAAGAGAAGAUAUGUGACUGUAAUAAAGAAAGUAUAACUGUUUUAUUAUCUGAGAUAUUCCCUGCUAAAUUACAAUUAUUUACUGAUAUAGAUGCUUGGGUACAGAUAGCUUGUCCUAGAUUAUCUAUAGACUGGGGAUAUGCUUUUAAUAAACCAUUGCUAAAUCCUUAUGAGUUAUCUGUGGCACUGGAGAAUGUAAAAUGGCAAGAGACAUAUCCUAUGGAUUUUUAUGCUAAUGAUAGUUUAGGACCAUGGACUGUGAAUAAUGAGAAACAUAGACCUCAGAGAGUGAGAAAAACUAAACCAGUGAAAGCUAAAAUAGACAUUAAAUUAGAGGAGACAUGCUGUCAGUCUACUGGUGAUAAUUGUCAAUCAAAUGAUAGUUGCAACAAUGUUAAAUCUUGA